CAAUCUUCAGCUGUUUCUUCCUCUUCCUUCAAUUUCUUCUCUUUUUGUCACUCCAAUUUAUUCUUCUUCUUCGCCAAAAUGGAGAAGUUAAGAUGUUGCAGCAGUUUCCUGGAGAACUCCAAACCCUAUUUCGCCAUGAUCUCUCUGCAAUUCGGCUAUGCCGGCAUGAACAUCAUCACUAAAGUUUCAUUAAACCGCGGCAUGUCUCACUACGUUCUUGUGGUGUAUCGGCACGCCUUUGCCACCGCUGUCAUUGCUCCUUUCGCUAUAUUUCUUGAGAGGAAGGCGCAACCGAAGAUAACAUUCCCAGUCUUCAUGCAAAUUUUUGUCCUUGCCCUUCUCGGGCCGGUGAUUGACCAGAACUUCUACUAUGCGGGUUUGAAAUUUACCUCUCCGACUUUUUCAUGUGCCAUGAGUAACAUGCUUCCUGCCAUGACGUUUGUCAUGGCAGUCAUAUUCCGAAUGGAGAAGCUGAAUAUGAAGAAAAUAAGGUGUCAAGCGAAGGUGGUGGGAACUUUUGUGACAGUGGCUGGAGCAAUGUUGAUGACCUUAUACAAAGGACCAAUUGUUGAACUGUUUUGGACCAAAAAUUUUCAUCCCCAUAAAUCUUAUGCCAAUAAUUCCUCGACCGGAAACUCCGACCGAGAAUGGCUCAUCGGUUCAAUUCUUCUCAUCUUCGCCACGCUCGCCUGGGCGUCUCUGUUUGUUUUACAGACGAAAGCAUUGGAGACAUACAAGAACCAUCAGCUCUCGCUCACAACGCUUGUGUGCUUCGUGGGCACUUUGCAAGCGAUUGCGGUGACAUUUGUGAUGGAGCACAAGCCCUCAGUGUGGCAGAUCGGCUGGGACAUGAACCUCCUCGCUGCAGCCUACGCUGGCAUUGUGACAUCAAGCAUUUCGUACUAUGUUCAAGGACUUGUGAUAAAGAAAAGAGGUCCAGUUUUCGCCACGGCUUUCAGCCCGUUGAUGAUGAUCAUCGUCGCCAUCAUGGGUUCGUUCAUCCUCGCGGAGAAUAUUUAUCUUGGAAGUGUGCUUGGUUCAGUGCUGAUAGUAAUAGGCCUCUACUCAGUGCUGUGGGGAAAACACAAAGAAAAGAAAGAAGAAUUAGUGGCCGAAGAGAUUCCGGAUCCCGUAAAGGGAGUACAAGCAAAUGGGAAUGGGCAUUCCGCUUCAAUGAUUGAAGAUAUUGAAGCUAAUGAAGUAGAAUUUCAGAAGGCAGAAGCUAAUGAUAAAAAGCUCAGUUCAUCAGUUGCUAUUAGCAUGCCUGCAGCGAAAAUCCACCAAGAGAAAUAAUUAAGUAUUUGAAUUAAAAUGGAAGAGAAGUAAGGGCUCUUUUUUUUUUUUUUUUUUUUCCUUUUUUGUUAUAUGUUCUCAAAGUUACAUAUAUAAAUAUUGCCCGGGGCUUUGUUUUUCUUGUGUUUUUGUUGUGUUAAAUUUGAUAAUCAUGUAAGGUGAAAACAUUCCAAGGACUUUGUACCAAAGAUGAAAAAAUUUCUCUCUUUUUACGAAAUAUUGUGUAAUCGAUCGACCAAUAUUUGAUUAUCUGAA